AUGGCCGAACCGAAAAACAUUGACCCUGAAUUAGUGACGUGUAGUUUUAAAUGCCACAAUAUCUUGACUAUAGUUGGUGACAUCAAAAUAAGCUGUCAGAUGAUAAAAAUGAAAGACAGCUACUAUAUUUGGGUUGGUGAUAUUGUCGACAGCGUAAUGAACGACCUUUCCCUAGCUUUGAUCUCUGAUUACGAGAAGGUACCAAUUUCCACAAAGCUGAUGGGAUCUGCUAUUGAUUCGACAUCCAUCAACAUGGCUGCAAGACUGGCAACGAAACUGGGGAAACCAGUUUAUAUUAGCUUCAACAUCAAGACUGACAAGUUGUCGAUACCAGCAAUAGAAAAGAAACUUUCACAGGAAAUAAGCAAUAGCCUUGCCCUUCUUGAGAAAUAA